CUAGUCCGAUAAAAAGCCGCUCAGAACUGACCGAACAGCAUCAGUUUCCUAGCAGCAACAGCAGCAAAGUCUCAGUAGCAGCUUUCGGCAAGCCAGCAGCGCAGCUUAUUUCUUCAAAACAAAUAUGGCUCUUGUCAAGGUUCUGUGUCUGUUCGCUAUUAUCCAAUUCUCCGCCGCCCAAUUUCUCGGUGGUUAUGGAGGUUAUGGUGGAUACGGCGGAUACGGUGGUCUAGGAUUGGGUGGACUCGGAUAUGGAGGCUAUGGAGGCUUUGGCGGAGGCUAUGGCGGAGGCUACGGUAUCAGUCCUUACGGUUACGGAACUAGCUAUUAUGGCGCGAGCCCAUAUGGUUUUAAUUCCGCUCUGUACGGAGGAUACGGCGGCUAUGGUGGUUACGGGGGUUACGGCGGGGGUUACGGUGGUUACGGUGGUUACGGUUACGGCAGCAGCUACGGCUAUGGUCGCGGCUUGUACGGUGGCUAUUCCCCUCUCGCCGGUCUUUAUUAAACAACAGUUUCAUUUCAGCUAUGUUUUUUUCUUCCCGUCUUCAAAAUACCUGUACAUGGAACAUGUAGAACAACUUUAGAAUUUUAUUAUAUACUCCCCAUCCUAAGGCAUAUAUUAAAAAUCUUUCUGUCUAGUUCUGUCGGUUUGAAUAUAAAUACAACUUUCCAAUGGCAAUUU